CAAAACAAUUGAAGUCCGAGCUUGUUGCCAGUGUUGCCAGUUCUCCAAGUUUUUUCAGAGCGGAAAAGAUCAUGACUCAACAACAAUCCCAAGGCCAUAAGUGCCAGUUGCUCUACCAUCGCCUCAUGCUUCCCGACUGGCUGCGCAAGAAUGCAGAGUGGAACUCUCCUAAGGAAGGGAAUGAGUUGAAUCUCGAUAUUUUACCUGACUCCUCCGACUGGGAGAACAUCUUCCGAGUUCCUCUCAUUUGCAGAGGUGAGCUGUGUAAGGAGGAGGACAUCACUGUCAAGAUGAAGGUGGGCGUCGUUUUGCCUGAGCCUCAGAAGCCUCGGGACCCUAUGUCUUAUAUGAUAUCAGACGGGGACUUUUCCGUGGGAAUUCAGCUUUUGGAUCCCAACGAGGAUUACGUCAAAUUUGGUCCUUACCGAGCUGUUGAGGGCGAGUCCGCCAGAGCCAAGUUGCGAAACCCAAAUGUAGAAGUUGCAGCGACUGUUUCUUCCACUUCAAGAAAUAACCCAGAUCAGUUUGAACUGUCGUUCAAGCCCUCCGAGAUGUUUGGGUCUGCCUACUGCGCCAUAGAUGACGGCCAUAAGAUUGUCGCUAGGUAUUCUGAUACCCUGAGCCUGGACAAAGGUCUGACCUUUGAGUUGUAUCGCUUUAAAAGCACCGAAAGGUACACCAUCAAUUACAUUGAAGUCACCAUAUACAAGGACUCCACUAAGUGACUAAAUCACAGGAAACGGAAACAACAAAAGUUGGACUUUUUUUAAGACGUUGCUCUUUGUUUCAGACAGUUCUAGUUUUUAAGUAAUAAUCACUUUUUAGAAAUACUUGCGUUUAAUUGUGAAAUUUUGUCUUUGAAAGUAGAAACGAUAGACUGUCAUCACUAUGGGCAAUUUCAAUAAAAUAAAAACCUGCCUAUGUUUUGCUUGCGAA